AUGGAACCAGGGAAUGAUACACGAAUUUCAGAAUUUCUUCUUCUGGGAUUUUCAGAGACACCAGAAUUGCAGCCCCUCUUAUUUGGACUUUUCCUCUCCAUGUACCUGAUCACUGUGUUUGGAAACCUGCUCAUCAUCCUGGCCAUCAUCUCAGACUCCCACCUCCAUACACCCAUGUACUUCUUUCUCUCCAACCUGUCCUUUGUGGACAUCUGUUUCACCUCUGCAAGCAUCCCCAAAAUGCUGGUGAACAUCUGGACUCAGAGCAAAGUCAUUACAUAUGCAGGCUGCAUUUCCCAGAUGUACUUUUUAUUGCUUUUUGCAGGGUUAGAUGACCUUCUCCUGAGUGUGAUGGCUUAUGACCGAUUUGUGGCCAUCUGUCACCCCCUGCACUACAUGGUUAUCAUGAACCCCCGGCUCUGUGGGUUGCUCGUUCUGGUAUCUACCAUCACCAGUGUCCUGCAUUCCCUGUUACAAAGCUUAAUGGUGUUGCGGCUGUCAUUCUAUACACAUGCAGAAAUCCCCCACUUUUUCUGUGAACUUAAUCAGGUGGUCCACCAUGCCUGUUCUGAUACCUUUCUUAAUGACAUGGUCAUAUAUUUUGCAGCAGGUCUGCUGGCAGGUUGUCCCCUUGCUGGUAUCGUUUACUCUUAUUCUAAGAUAGUUUCCUCCGUUAAGGGAAUGUCAUCAGCUCGAGGGAAGUAUAAAGCAUUUUCCACCUGUGCAUCUCACCUCUCAGUUGUCUCCUUAUUUUAUGGUACAAGCCUAGGAGUGUACCUUACUUCUGCUGCUACACACAACUCACAAUCGAGUGCUGCAGCGUCAGUGAUGUACAUGGUAGUCACACCCAUGCUGAACCCCUUCAUCUACAGCCUGAGGAAUAAAGACAUGAAGAGGGCUCUGAAAAAAUCUUUGGGAGGGAAACCAUAA